AUGUUCCGAGAAAUGGUAUUCCGACGGAGAGACAACCACAUUUCGUCUUCUCGUCUUCUGUUCCAAUCGGCGUGUACAAACCCUAAAAACAACGUACCCGCGAUCCCGCGAUCAACGAUGGCGCUACCAAAUUCAAUUCUCGACUGGUGCCACUGAACCUUCGCUUGUACAGUAGUGCUUGGUUAUCGAAAGCCCUCCUCUCAUCCUUCCCCUGUCCCCAGCACAUGGCAGCGGAAAUAUAAACUUUGGAGCGGGUUAUGUGCUGCUACGAAGAACGUUCCUCAGGUUGGGACGUUGGGGAUCGACCUUGGACGACAUGCAGUCUACGCUGCCAGUCCGCCUUACUGAUUGGGCCGCCGCCGCCAUCCGUGAUGCGGGGGGCUUAGCUGCAUACGUCGGCGUACAAAACCUGACACCCGACCCUACGGAGAUUGUGGGGAGGGGUGCACCAGUUACAACCUGCCUUGGCCAACCGUGUAUGCGCCAAGUUAGACAGGCAGAGAGAUCUUAGACAAGCAGAGGGAUCGUCCGAUCUGUGGAUCGACUUGAAGCAAGUCUGGAGGAGGCCGGGGAAUGCGGAGUUUCUUGUGGGCGAGAGUUAGAAAACAGCAAAUUCGAUGUUGACAAAUUUUGGAAACAUCAGCAAGAGCACCAAAAUCUGUACUUACAACAGACACACAAGAUCUGUCGGAAGGCAUCGCAAAAAACAGAAACCGUUGAAUCCCGCACAGGGUGACAGCAGUUACUGCUCAAAACAUACAUUUUUCUGAACGGCAAUAUCGAACCGCCGCAUCCAUCCCACGCAUGCUGGCCGCCCGCCCCAUGCUGGCCGCCCACCCCAUUGGGGGGCGGGGGGCCAAUCGCUCCCCCUAGUAUUUAAUAUAUACCGUCUUGAUGCAGUACGCUCGUUCAUAGUAUGGUCGUCUCAAUCGGGGUGCACAGAAAUCAGAAAUGAAUCUCAGCUACUGCUGUUGAAAUGCGCUACGAUCUGGCCUUGAAAUAGCUUGCGAUCAGCCUAACUUACGUAAACCAAUCUUGGAAUACGGGUGUUUUCGAAGAAAGAGCUCGCCACGAAACGGGGGCGCUUUCACCACCGCCUUCGCGCAGGUGAGGCCCAUGCCCGCCUUCCGAUUCCACCACAGAGAGCAAAAGCGGUCGGCAGACAACCGAGUUGAUUUGCCUCCAAGAUUCGUUAUUUCUACAGCAGUACAGCAACGGAAUGCUGCAGACGACAC